AUGGACUUGGCGGUCCCUGUCUGCACCUUCACGAGCGACUCGUCUGAGUGCUACACUGCGUCGUGGUACCUCAUCUGGGACCAAGUGCGCGAUUGGCUACUCGUUCAAGUGGCUGUCGCUGUCUUCUCGAUCGGCUACGAGUGGCUCCAAGUGCCCUCACUCACAUACGUCGAGCAGCUCCGUAGACUCUGCGACUCGCCGCUCACAAACGUCGUGAACUACCUCGUGCAAAUUGUUACGAGCUUUUACGUCUGCGUCAACUGGAUCGUGCGUGGUGGGUCACUGAGCGUGAGCUUCUCGUCGUGGUCAAUUGAGUCGUUGUGCCUGAUUGCGACGGGAGUUGGAUACGGAAUUCGAUGGCUGGCGGCCAAAAACAAAGCGACGUACGUGCUGCAGCUGCACAAUUUGUUCGACUUGCUGUCGGUUGUAGCCCAUUUUUCAGUCUCGCUCCGGACGAUUGUAGUGGGGAACAACCAUCUUCGGUCGUGGUUGGAUUUUGGCUUCAUCCGGUCGUACGUGGGAUACGUGGUCGUCGACCACUUGUUCGCACGCUAUCCGAACAAAACGUUCUUCUCGCAAGUGCUGCUCGUGACGUUCAAAGUCUUUUGUCUUGUCUUUUUCUUCGCUGCUGUGCUCUUCUCGCUCGAGCAUCUGGGCGAGUUGCCACGUAUUGACAGCUUCUUGUUCCACGUGUACGAGUGCAGCAAUGCGGAAGGUACCGAGACGAUUCUCAGGGCGACAAAGACAAACACGGACGAGUUCUCGAAUUGUGAAGAAACGUGGGGGGUUUUCUCGUCCAUUUACUUCAUGUUUGUGACCGUGUCAACCGUGGGGUACGGUGACUUUUCGCCACAGACGGUGCUGGGACAGUUUACGGUCUGCAUUAUCAUUGUGUUUGGUAUCUACACCUUUGCGAAUGAAUCCGCUGCCUUCAUGGCACUUUACAGGGACCGGCAUGGGACCCUAGUGCGGUACAAUGGAGCAAAAAACACAGCUCACGUGAUCGUGACUGGGAGUCCGUCCGUCGCUCAGACCAAGGAUUUCAUCCGCGAGUUUUUCCACCCCGAUCACGAAACAGCCUUUCAGGGUGACGAAAGUGAUAGUGACGAUGGCGACAAUGAAGCAUACGGGCCGGUGAACAGACCGAGCUUUACAAACGUCAUUCGUUCGUGUUUGAGACUGCUGUUGAAAAAUGAUGCUCGCUACGGUAGCAUCCACGAAGCAGACUAUGCUGCAAUCGAAGGAGGAAAAGCAAGCGACAACGAUGAGAAGCGAUCUGUCAAGCCGCUCGUUUCGAAAUGGAGACAUCAUGGAACGCGCUUGAUUCGUGAGACGCAUAUUGUCGUGCUCAUGCGGUUUGACAAGGCAGAAGAAGAGGUUGUCCACCACCAGCGGGAGGUGAUGGACUUUGUGGAGCAAAAUCCUAGGUACCGCAAGCGUGUGUUUCUUGUUCACGGAUCUCCGUUACGAGAGCCUGACCUGAAAAAUGCACAGCUGGAUCGGGCGAUGGCCGUAUUCUUUCUGCCGAACAAGUAUGCCGACAACGGAAACAAGGAAGAUGCCGCUACAGUUCUCCGCGUCUUAUCGGUGUCGCAGCACAAGCAGGAGCACACGCAGUUAUUUGCCAUGCUAGCUAACUCCGACAACCGGACACUCAUGGAGGCCACGGGGCUGCGAAAGGAGAACCUGGUCUGUGCAGACGAAAUUCGUUUGGGCUUAAUGGGACUCAGUUGCCGAUGUCCGGGCCUUUCAACAGUGGUGUCGAAUUUGAUAACGAGUCGAAGUGGCGAGACUCCUGAAGUCGGUGCCCAUCAGACCCACUUGGUAAAACCAUGGGUCUCCGAAUACAUUUCUGGUGCCGCUAACGAGAUUUAUUCCUGCUACAUGGCGAAGCACUUCCAUGGCAUGAACUUUGUCCAAGCGACCCUGCAUAUUCACCGACAGUCGAAUGGGUUGGUGCUUCUGAUUGCUGUCGAGUCGGAUGGAGAGAUUGCAUUCAAUCCCGGACGUUGGUACCGCAUUGAACCAAGCACAAAAGCCUACUUGAUUGCUGAGUCAGUCUGUUCUCUUGAGCCAUAUGCUGGAACGCCGACCAUGAGCAGCGUUGCUGCUUUGUCCUUGAACACGAAGUUUCUACAGAAUCGCGAUAACUUGACCAGCCGAGCUCGUCAAGCCCAGCACAACGUUGAAAGGCGCGUUCCCAAAGACAUCCGAGCAUACGUUAUGCAAUGCGGGGCUGGCGACGAUCCAUCCCAGGUCCCGUCACCACCGUCACCAGAGUUGCUUGUUUCCGGUGGCCACAUUGUCAUUUGCAGCAACUUUGGCAACGAGAUUGGGGGACAACGAUUCGUGUCUCGUCUAGUGAAUUUCUUGCGACCACUUCGAGCCCCACAUGUCGAGCGCAUGGUUCCCGUUGUUAUCGUAGAUGCUGGUGCCUUUGACAGCGUAUCAUGGCGUCAAUUGCGAGACGUUCGUGAGGUGUACCACGUGCAAGGAUCGCCUCAGCGCCAUCACGUUCUUGUUGCUGCUGGAAUGUAUACGGCCUCGUCAAUUGUCGUGCUAGCGCAAGGCAAUGAGGCAGGAUCGGAUGAUUCAAAGGCGAUUUUCAACGCUAUUUUGCUGAACACGGCGCUCCAGCGCAACCGGAUCUUCACGAUUGUUGAGCUCCGGGAUGCCGACAGCAACCGGUUCUUAGACCCUGUGUCUACUUUCGGUCUGUCGCGUAGAAUUCGAGGAGACGAUUGUGCGCAACAUACCGAUGGCGAGUACGAUGUGCAUUCCAGUUCAUCGAGCUAUCAAUGUCCCCAUUCGUUUUCACGGCGUGAAAGUGCGUAUCUCAACAGACCUUCGGCGGCCAUCGCGAAAAAGCAGAGUUGGGUGCAACGCAACACGUCGGUGGCGAAGGGUGUGCUCCUCGCAAUGCAGACAUUUUUCUUGGGCGGUCUGAGAACUGCAGCUCAUCAAGUGAGUACGUUUGGCACCGAAUUAGACAGUGCCAUCGGUGCAACCAUCAAGGAGCGGUACAGUGGUGACGAUAGUGACACGUUUUUGCAAGAACGAUUCAUGAAUGGCGCGUUGUUUCCUUCCUGCGUCGCGGACGAUCUGUUGAUACAAAGCUUUUUCAAUCCGUCGCUGAAUACGUUUAUCCGCAAAAUUCUCGAUGGAAAGAGCUGCUUUGUGCUCUAUGAUGUCCCAGAGAAACUUCGUGGGCAGCAGCUACGGUAUGGAAAGCUCUUUGAGCACAUGACAUCGGGCGUGGCGCACACGUUGCCGAUCGGGCUACUUCGAGCAAAAGGUGGCCCUGGAGCUGCACCGUGCCCUUACGUAUACACGUGUCCAUCGUCUGAUACGAUCGUGAAUGCCGGCGACAAGAUGUUUGUGCUGAUAAAUGUCGUGGCGCUCGAUCGUCUGGCCAACAAAUUACAACGUCGCUUUCGGAAACGCGACGAGCCGCCAAUGAAGCUGCCAGACUUGGUGAGGAAGGUUACUCAGGGAUCCAAACCACCACCUGCAGACAAGGUAUUGACGUGA